GAGCUCCACUCUUUGGCUAGGUUCUGUUGGAGACAUGGCUGGUGUGCUACCUUCCUGGAGCUUCCCACAUGGUCUGGCCAAGCAGUCAGUGACAGGCUGAGUCUACUUGCUCCUCUCUCCCCUCCUUUGUGAUGUGAACAAGGCCAAAAUGAGGGAGAACAAGGCCAUCCAGAGGCAGUACAGAUAGAUACAGGAGAGUCUUCCAAGGAGAUAGAAGAGUCCAGGCACCAGCCUCAGGCAUGAAGAAAGAGGGAAUGUGAGAGAAUUUCAGGCAAGAGUAAGGGUUCUUAACUAUAGGUUGAUAGCUGACUUCUGGUUGACUGAACCCUUUUGAAUUAGAACUUGCUCAAGAAUCAGAAAAUUUCACAAGUUCCCCAAGUGAUUCUGAUGGGCUGGCAGUACCACAAUAUUAGAAAACCCCCCUUAUGAGAAAGACACAGAGACAUAGUUCUACAGAGUCAGCUAGACAGUGGGGGACAAAGGCAAAGGCAGAGGCUGAGAAGGGGUUGUCAGAGGCCCAGAUCCAGACCCCAUCCACCAACAGCUCCACUUCCCCCACCCCCACCCCUUGGUAGGCGGAGUAAACCACGUUGCCCAGCGACAAUCCCAAACACUCCCGAGAGUGAGAGAGCAUCUGGAGGCCGAGGGAAGGCGCGGCUUAGUACUAGUCUGGGCAUUCUGAGAGGACCCCCCCCCCCAAGGAGGAACUCUUCCGGGUCAGAGCUUGAGGUAGCGUGUCUGCUGCUUCCAGGAGGCCGGGAUGGAGACAGUAGUUCGAGGAAUGCCCUUGGUGUACCCUCCUAAGCCGGAGCGACUCAACGCUUACGAGCGGGAGGUAGUGGUGAACAUGCUGAACUCGCUGUCACGGAACCAGCCGCUGCCGCAGAUCACACCCCGCUGCGGAUGCGCGGACCCCCUGCCCGGCCGUCUACCCUUCCAGGGUUAUGAAAGCGCUUGCUCGGGCCGCCACUACUGUCUACGGGGGAUGGACUACUACGUCGCGGGACCACCCUGCACUGAACGCCGGCUGCGGCCUUUGUGCGCAGAGCAGCCGACUGUAAGGAGUGUAUCGCCUUGCGAGCACCGGCCCGGAAUGCAUUGUGCUGUUUUAACUCCCCCGCAGUCAUACUACCCUUGUCCCAACCUUAGAUGGGACACAAGUCACUUCAAGAAGACUGGUGGCCCCCAGAGAAACAACUAUGUUGUCCACCCUGAGUUUGUGUCUGAGACCUAUCCUGACUACCACUGCUGGUAGACCCCAGACUGGCCGGGCUAAGGGGGCUGAGCAAUAAAUAAAUUCUUCACCCUAAAGCCUGCCGCCAGUGUCCUUCCCCAGAAGGAUCUGGCAGUGAGGAGCCAGUCACUCAGGCCUCUGCCAAGCCCCCUCAACUGCGAUGCAGUUCUCAAAGUCGCCUUGUCCAUUUCAUCACCUCAAUAUUUCCCUUGGGUGGUCCGGAGUGCCCUCCUGACACAUAAUAUUCCUAUGAGGGGCAUGUCCUCCUCCUUUCCACCUCAGAGCCCAAACUAGCCAUGCGGGAGGGCCCAUCUACCUCUCAACCCCAGGAGAGCCCUACAGCUGACAUUUCCCCACUAUCCCCCAAGCUUAGAUGUCCCUUCACCUCCAUGCCUCCAUUCUGCAGUCAGAGCCAUGUCCCUAUUCCCAACGUUCUUGAUCUCUGUUCCCAGAGCCUCCAUCACAGCCUAAAAGUCUCUGUUCAGAUACCCUUGCUGCCAUGCCCACCCAAGUCCAAGGGGUCCAAACAAUUUUGAAGGGUUUCAUGACCAAGAAAUUUCAAAUUAUAAAACAAAGCCCUGGGAGGAAGGGGUGGGGUGUUCCAAAAUCUCUAGGAUCUUCCGUAUGUUUGCACCCAGUUCCCCCUGGAGGGAGAAGUAUGGUGAGGCAUGCCCACUUCCUUGUAGCAUGGGUUUUCUUUCUUUCUUUCUUUUUUUUUUUUUUUUUGUCAUUAGGGCCACAGGAAGUUCCCAGGCUAGGG